CUUGCCCACGAUAGUACCUCAGAGACUAUUACAUUCAUCAGCACAGGGGCGUCGUCACCCCUAGAAACAGAACAUGGACAAGAUCGAAGCAUUUGAAGGCCUCCCCGCCUAUACCAGAACAGAUCAAUAUGCAGUACAGCAUCGCCGAAGACGACUGAGGCGUCGAGUGUUGAGAUUCAGCGUUCUGGCAUCAGGUCUACUCUCUACGGAUAGACUUCAAGAGGACUAUGCCACCUGUGCCAAGCUGCGGACGAAGCCAGAGGAUCCAAGCGGACAUCGCAAUGUCAGUGCCCGAUAUGUUGAGGGAGUGAAACCGGUUCUCAUUCAGAAUGCCACCGUCUGGACAGGCGAGCCAGAUGCGGACACUGGAAACUACUCGUGGGCUCGACUCGACGUAUUACUCCAGUACGGGCUAAUUCAGAAAGUGAGCGAGCAUAUCAGCAAGGAUGAAUUGCCUGAUGAAUAUGAUCUCGUGGAAGCCGCGGGGAGACAACUCACUUCUGGCAUCAUUGAUAUGCAUUCGCAUACUGGCGUAGACUCCUUGCCUGAUCUGCAAGGUAAUGAUGACACAAAUGAACUAUCCAAGGAUAUCACACCAUAUGUUCGCAGUCUCGACGGGUUCAAUCCACUUGACCCUCAAUUCCAGGUCAUCAAGUCUGGUGGAGUCACGACCUCUUUGAUCCUUCCAGGCAGUGGGAACAACAUCGGAGGCGAGGCCUUUGUUGUCAAACACGCUGUUGGCAAAGCAAAUGGCAGACCGGAGCUCAGCAUAGAGAGUUUGCUUGCCGAUCCAGACCGUAAUCAUAGAUACAUCAAAAUGGCCUGCGGAGAGAACGCGAAAAGAGUCUAUGGUAAAGCGGGAAGAAACUUUGGGCCAUUUUCCAGACUUGGUGAAGCGUGGGAGUUUCGACAUGCAUUUGAGCAGGCUGCUGCUCUCAAGAAUUCGCAAGAUGACUGGUGCGCGACCGCAGAUGCUGUUGGUGCGGAGAAGAUGACUACAUAUCUUCCCAAAGACCUUCAGUGGGAAACACUAGCCGCGGUCCUGCGAGGGCAAGUCAUGGUCAACACUCACUGCUAUACCAUUCCGGAUCUCGAGUCCUUCAUCGGCUAUACGAAUGAGUUCAAGUUCCCAGUCCGAGCUUUUCACCACGCGCAUAGUACAUAUCUGAUUCCUGAUGUGCUGAAAAGAGCCUAUGGUGGACGAGCCCCCGCAGCCGCACUCUUUGCCGACAACAUGAACUACAAGGCCGAGGCGUACGUCGCAUCAGAGCAAGCGGGCAAGAUCCUCUACGACGAGGGCAUUACUCCAGUGUACGUCAGCGAUAACCCCGUCAUCAAUGCGCAACAUGUGGUCUUUGAAGCAGCGAAGGCACAUCGUUAUGGGCUUCCUUACCAUGCUGCACUCGCAGGAGUGACCAGCGCACCAGCGGAGUUGCUGGGACUGGGCUCACGCAUCGGAAAAGUCAAGUCGGGAUAUGAUGCCGAUGUGACUCUGUGGGAUUCCGAUCCGCUGUCUGUGGGCGCAACACCGGUUCAGGUGUUCAUUGAUGGAGUGCCUCAAUUCAAGGAUCCCGUCGAACUUCAGAAGCCAGUGACGCCUUCGAUGGAGACGACUGACUACCCGGUACUGGUGAAACAGGACAAUCCCGUGAAUAGUGUGGUAUUCACUGGCAUUUCCAAGAUUCAUCUUCCUGGGUUUGAGCACACGAGGGAUCUGCAUGAGAACGCCAGUCUAGUGGUUGCAAAUGGCAAGAUCGUUUGCGCAGGUCCCUGCGAACAUGCCAUAUCAGCGACGAGCAACAUCAUUGCGUUGAGCGACGGCUAUAUCACUCCACCUCUCACAGCAUUUGGAAGCCUUCUCGGCCUCGAAGAGAUUGCAGCCGAGGCAGACACAUCCGAUGGAUCACUUUCCGAAGAUUCCUUCUCGCAUGCCGUAGACGGACUUCGAUUCGAAGGCAAAAACCUCGCAGCAGCAUACAAUCACGGAGUGACCAAAGCCAUCACCGCGCCCAAAUUCGCCGGUACAGAGCACAAAGGCAUCAGUGUCGCAUUCCGCACGGGAGCCAAACACGCUCUGGAAAAACACGCCAUUGUGAAUCCUGCAGUCGCACUGCACUAUACUCUCACCUCGGACGCCAAACAAGGCAAAACUCCCACCAUCUCCAGCGCCAUCGCCGACCUGCGAUCGAAGCUUCUCAACGCCAUUCCCUCGUCCAACGAUACAAAAGGAGGCGAGGAAAAGAAACAGCAGCAACAGCCUCUCCAACCCGAAGACCUCGCUCUAUCCCAAGUCGUCAACGGUACUCUCCCCCUCGUCAUCAGCGUCCACUCAGCCGACACAAUCGCCUCUCUUAUCCGCCUCAAACACGAAAUCGAAUCCGCCAUCAACAUCUCCUCUUCUUCUCCCUCCUCCUCAUCCCCACAACCCAAAAAACUCAACCUCAUCCUCCUCGGCGCAUCCGAAAGCCACCUGCUCGCCCACGAACUCUCCUCCUCUUCCAUCUCCAUCAUUCUCUCCCCCUUAUUCAGCUACGCCACCACCUGGGACCAACGACGCGCGCUUCCAGGAGCUCCACUGAGCAACGGCACGGCAAUAGACGUCUUACACAACGCCGGGGUGCGAGUGGCGAUUGGAGUGGAUGAGGAUUGGGAAGCGCGAGAUUUGUUUUUGCAAGCGGGGAUUGUACAUGCGAAUAGUGGAGGGAAAAUUGGGGAGGAAGAGGCUUUGGAUAUGGUUUCGAGGGGGAUUGAGGAGAUGAUGGGGUUGAAGGGGGAAAGUGGUGGUGGCGAAGAAGAAGAAGAUGAUGAUGAGUUUAGUGAAUUUGUGGUUUUUGAAGGGAAUCCUUUGACGAUUGGGGGUCAGAUUAGAGCUGUGGCGGGAGGGGACGGAGGGGUGAGAAUUUGGUCAUGA